AUGAAUAAUAUUGAAAACUUGUUAGACUAAACUCAUCGUAAUACUAGAAGAGGCAUCAUAUUCUAACAUUCGAGAAAGACCUUUACUAUUAAACCAGAUUCACCUAAAACUAGGGAAGCAUGUUUAGCUUUAGGUUAUGAUCCAAAUAUAUUUUAAUUUAAGUAUCAGUUUAACAUUUAGUUAAAUAGACAAUUGGAAGAUUUUGUUGAACCAGGUUUACCUGAAAAUGUUUAAAAAAUGCGAUUUGAACAUUAUAUGAAAAAGACUGAAGGUAAAACUGAAAUCUAUUUUAGGUGCUUUAAAGGAAAUUAGUAAAAUGCGUAAAACUAUAAUUAAAAAAUAAAAAAAUAUAACUAAUUUACAUUUAGAGAAGAGUUUUCAGAAAGAUGAAGAGUAUCUAUAUGAAUUAUAAUAGAUUGGCAAAUGAUUUAAUAGAAACUUACAAUAAGAAAAUGAGUAGCAUUGAUAAAGAUGAUAAAGAGGCUUCAUAUUUAUCUUUUGAUGAAGAUGAUCCAAUAUUAGUAUUAGAAUAAUAAUUGGAAAAAGAAAUUACUAAAUUUAAGAAAUCAUUAUAAAUUAAGGCUAAAGAAGUUUAACACUAAUUAGAAAAUGAAAAAAAAAGAUAAAAAAUGCAGCAUGAUUUGAAUGAAAGAGAAAAAAGAAUAGAAGAAUUAUAAUUAAAAAUAUCUAAAUAGAAAGCAAAGAAGAAAUAAUUAAUGAAAUAAGCUUCUUAAAAAAAAUAUAAUGAAAUUAAAUAAAAAGAAAGAGAUAAAUAAAAUAAAUUACUUGAAGAUAGAAAAAAGUAAGCAGAAAAAUCAGAAAAAAUGUAAAUUAAAAUUAAAUAAUUUUAGACGAUUAAAAUUAGAACAAGAUGAAAUUUCACAUAAGAAGGAAGUAGAAGAAUAGGAAAAAAAAUAUUAAGAAAGAAGAUUAUAAAUAUAAUAACGUAAAAAUUUACAAGAUAGAUAAUAUAAUUAACAUUUGGCAUAAACUAUGACUUAAAUUUAAUAAAAGUGGGCUGAAACAUCAUUAAAUAAAGAAAAAUAAAUCUGGGAAUGUAAACUAGAACGUCUUACUCUUAGAAGUUCUUUACAUGAAGAAAAAUUAAAGCAAUAUAAAUUAAAAACUUUCUAAAAAGAAGAAUCUUUGGUUUAAUCAAUUGUCUAAAGAUUAGCAAAUAAAGAGGAAGAUCUUAAAGGUAUUUAAUAUUAUAAAUUAGCUUUAAAAUAAUCAAAAGAAAGAGAGGAAUAAAAUAAAGUUAAAGAUGAAAAGUUAAGAAGGAAAAAAAUUGAAAAAAGUCUUAAAAAUAUUAAAUCUUAACAAUUUGAUAGAGUUGAUACUCUUUAAAAAAAAUUUUAACUUUUAGAAGAUUAUAGUCUUAAAAGAAAAGAAGAAUUAGAUUAUUAGAAGUCUUUAAAAUAAGAAAGAAUGAAAUUAAAAUAAUAAGAUUUAAUUGAAAAUUAUUAAAGAUAAGAAAGAUUAAAAGAUUUUAGAUUUAAAUCAUUGAUUAAAUCCACAUAAUAAUUAAAUGAAUAAAAAUCUUUAGAAAAAAUCUCUAAUGAAUUAAUUCGUAAAGCACAAUAAGAACUUUAAAAAAAAUUAAAAAAAGAUUCUGAGAAUCUUGAUUAGAGUCUUAUGAAUGUGAGUUAAGCUGAUUAGAAAUUUUUAAAGUAAAAAAUUAAAUUUAUUUCUAAUUAGCUAAAGAGUUAGUCAACUUGAAAAAAGUUUAUCAAAUCUUACAUAAAAUUCUAAGAUCAUCCACUAAUGA